UUUUUCCUUUUUUCUUUUUCCUGCUUCUCUCUUGCCUCUCCUGUCUCUCUUAUUCUUCCUUUCCUUCUUCUCUCUAUUUCUGCUCAUUCACACCUCAUUCCUUUUUUUAUUUUUAUUUUCACUUCAUUUUUUAUAAUUCACAAUGUCUGCAUCAGAUCUGAAUGCAUUCCUUGCUUGGGCUGAAGAGAAUGAGAUUCAUUGGGACCGUGAUGCCAUCGAGAUCCGUGAAGGCAAACACGGUCUCGGGAUCUAUGCCAAAAAGGAUCUCCAGGCUGGUUAUGAAGCGAUCCAGGUACCAAAGACAAUUGUCCUGUCUGUUCGGUCCACCGGCAUCGCCAACUUGUUGGAAGAGGAGGAUAUUGAGGGCUAUGUUGGCCUGACCCUCGCAUGCAUGUAUGAGCAUUCCAAAGGAAAGGACUCUCUCUGGUCUGUCUACCUCUCAUUGUUGGACAGUCGUCGUCCCUUCAUCGCCUCCGAUCUUUCUGAAGAUGUUCGUGAGAUCAUGAAGAAAUCUGAAGUCUAUGGCGAAAUCGAGACUGACCUUAAGGACAUGCGUGAGGACUAUGACUCGAUUGUAAUCCCUUUUCUCGCCAAGCACCCCGACAUCUUUACAGAGGAAGUCAAGGAACGUUUCUUCUCCUUUGAGCACUUCAGGCUCAUGACCGCCCAUGUUUCUUCUCGUGCUAUGGAUGUCGAUAACUUCCAUGUCUCUGCCCUUGUCCCUUUUGCUGACCUAGUGAACCACGAAGCCGAGCCCAACUCUGACUAUUUGACCCAUGAGGAUGUCUGUGAUAUCUGUGGUGCCCUCUCGUGCGAGCACUUGGAUGAGCUUGAUUCAGAUGAGGAGGAGGAUGAUGAAGAGGCACCCGAGUUAUCUGGUGCAAGCAAGAAGCGCGCUGCUGCCAAAAAGGCCCAGAGCGGUAGUGACGACGAUGAGGAGGACAGCGAUGAUGAAGACUGGGAGGACGAGAUCAAUGACACAUGCGACAUCAUCUUGGAUGAGGAUGUUAAAAAGGGUGAAGAGAUUACUCGUCACUACGGCCCCUUCCCCAACAAGAUCUUCCUGUCCAAGUAUGGCUUUGCAGAGAUCGACAAUGCCCAUGACACUGCCACCAUUCAGAUUGACAUGGUCAAGAAGACCGCCCUUGCAAUCGUUGGUGACGAGGCUCUUGUGGAGGAACGUCUCAACUGGUUCUUGGAAAAUGAGGAUACCUUCAUUAGCGAAGAUGAUCCUGAGGAGGAUGGUUGCUGCGGCGGUGACCAUGAUCAUGAUCAUGAUCACGAUCACGAGCAUGGGCACAGCCACGCUCAUACACAUGAGAAGAAGGAGGCUGAGGAUGAUGACUCUGAUGAAGAGGAAGAGGAAGAGGAAGAGGACGAGGAUGACUUCCCUCGUGAUAUCAUGUAUAUGAUGCACGACGGAACAAUCGAUGACCGUCUGUUGAUGUUGCUGAACGUCAUUUUCAUGGAGAAGGAUCAGUUUGUAAAGAUUCAGGAUAGCUUGGAGGUUGCCACAGAGUACUUCAACGACAUCUUCCUCCGUCGCGCUCUUGAGGAGGAGGAUGGCCUUGAGGAGGAUGAGGAGGAACCCAAGCCCGAGGUGAAGCCUCUGGACGAGACUGGCCGCAGGAUUCGCAAGGCUGUGUUGGAGGCUAUUCUCAAGGUGAUCCACCUUCGUGCAGAUGCCUACAAGGUCUCAGAUCAGACCUCGGCCGAGGAUGAUCUGGAAGCAUUGAAGAAGUCGGGUCUUACCGGCCCUGCAUACUAUGGCGAAGUCUGCGCCGUGGGAGAGAAGCAGAUUAUCCAGAGCGGUCUCAAGCUUUAUAGCAAGCUUUUGUCUGAAUUGUAAAAAAAAAAAAAAUCAAUUUGCUUAUUAUACAUUACUUUAGCUUUUUUCCUCCAUACCUGCCCUCUCCCCUCUUCUCCACUCUCCACUCGCAUACCUGCACAUUCAUACUCUCACUCACCAUACUCAAGCAUUGAAAAUAAUAAAUAAACUAGGAGUUGGC